UCUUGGAAAGGGCAAUAAGCGCAAAGUGCGCGUGGCUCCGGGGCGGGUGGCUCGCGGGUCCUUUACAGAACGCUUACUCAAACGACUUUCCCGUCAAUAACAGCUUCGUCGCUCAUCUUUACUCGCUCAUUCAACACUCACACACUGGACCGGAGCAGGUUAGCUGUGUGGUUAUGCGUGUCUCGUGCCUUCUCCGCUCGGUGUACCAGCACCGCGCCCGAAUGGAAAUGUGUCUUCCGGGGAAAAGCUCCUUUCAGCCAACAAGACACCGAGCACAACACGCCCUACAGCCUGGACAUCUAAUCUGCAACUUUCAACACAAGCGUGUGCCUUUCUAAGAACGCAUGAUGUUUGAGACGGAGAUAUAUGGCCAGACCUAGUAUCCCGGAGGGAAAUCUGAGAGAGGCCGUAAGAGCUCAAACCCCAUCAUUUUGCUAUUUCAUUCUGAUUUAAGUGCCGUCGUUCAUGGACGUGCAAGCAGAGGCGGGUCCGCUGAACGUGCAGACGGUGGAUGAACCACCGGGAGGCACCACCGUUACCGUCGCCGCCGCAGAGAUUCAGGUCCAAACUGUGAUAGGCAGCGAUGGCGAGCUCGGUGAGGAUGACCUGCAGUCGGGCUCUGGUGCUGAAACACCGGCAGCGAGUGAUCCGAUCACAGAGAUCGAGAACGAGGAUGGUGCGCGGGCAAGGACGGACACACCGGCCGAGGACAUCGUCGGACAGAGCUUGGGGAAACCGGAAACAGUGGGCUCCAGUUGCAGCAACGAGAGCUGCAUCCCGACUCCAGGGUGUCGGAUUUGCUUUCAAGGAGCCGAGCAGGGGGAGCUGCUGAGCCCGUGCCGCUGUGCAGGAUCUGUAAGACAUGCUCAUCAGCAGUGUCUGCUCAAGUGGAUCAGUGAGAAGGGCUCCUGGAGCUGUGAACUCUGCAACUAUAGAUUCAACAUCCUGCCUAUACACAUCAAACCACCACAACAGUGGCAGACGGUCACCAUGACUCUGGUGGAGAAGGUUCAGGCAAUUGCAGUGUUUCUGGGUGGCAUCUUCCUGUUGGCCAGUGUAUCAUGGCUGCUGUGGUCAGCACUGAGCCCAGAAGCACUAUGGCAGCGCAGUGACAUCCUGUUCCAGAUCUGCUAUGGCAUGUAUGCAGUCAUGGACCUUGUGUGUAUCGGUCUGAUUGUUCAUGAAGGUGGUGCUGUGUACAAUGUGCUGAUACGCUGGCGGGCUGUUAAUCUUUUCUGGGACGUCCAGAACUACGAUAAAAGCCGAGACCUGGAGAGCACGCACAGCCCGCACCGCAACCUGUGGCUGCCUCUCACACACACACAUACUGUCUCCAACACAAACUCUCAGACCACCCGACUGGAGUCAUCGCCUCCAUGCCCCCUCCGCCUCCUCUCCAUGUGCCUGAAUGUGACCUCUGACCUCUCCCCGCAGGAGCAAGGCUCAGGGGAGCUGGUUGUUAGGGUCACGUCAGUUUGACAUCAAAUGAAACUCUUUCAGGUAUCAAUCUAUCGUCCUCUGUGGGAGUGGCUAACCAGUGGGAGGAGCCUCAGUGUUGGGAGGAGCCUUACUUGAAAAGCACUUUAGAAGAUACGCAAACUGAAUUAAAUACAGUAUUAAGUUGUAUUGUAUACUGAACAGGUGUUUCCAGCCUGAAGUUCGGAAUCAGCCUUUGAGCAUCUAAAUAAGACUUCAAAGCUCUCCGCACACACACAGACUGAUUCAAAAUGAUAAUGCACACAAAAUGUAUAAAUGCUGUUAGACGAAUGAAUGUUUGUUUUAAACCAAUUGUUUUUAUGUUAAGAUUUUUAAUAAUUUCAGUACUGAUAAACUACAACUUAUCACUGCAGCUGUUCAUUAAGCUUCACCUGCCAUAUUGUACAGGUACCACAGUUACAGGCUUUUUCACAUUAAGCCGCAUUCCCACAACUCCGACAUGACGUUUUGCUCCGUAGUGGCAGCUGCAUAAAACUUUCAAAUUGGUUGUGAAGCAGCCACUACUAUUAGCUUAUUCACUAUGCUAAAUAUAAUACAUAAUGUUUCUCCAAAAAAAACAAAUGAGCGACGAUAAUGACAAAGCGGAAAUUUUUUUCAAAAAAUCGCUAAAAAGAUAAAUGCAAAAAAAAAAAAUGACUUUUAGAAUAAUGCAUCUAGCAGACACUUUAAUCCAAAGAGAUUUACAAUGACGGAGCAUAAUUAUUUUGUCAAAUAUAUAUAUAUAUAUCAUAAAUUGAGAGCUUGCAGCUUGCAAUUCUUUUUUUUGUUUCCACAAAGGACUUUUUUGUCACAAUUCUGAAUUUUCAACUUUCAAAUUCACAAGUUUUUAUCUCCCACUUCAGACUUUUCCUCAUAAUUCUAAGUUCACUAAAUGUCAGAAUUGUGAGAUUUAAAAUCAGAAUUGCAAGAAAAAAGGUCUGAAUUUUGAGCUGCAAUUACCUUUGUUUAUUCUGUGGCAGAAAUAGACUUCCAUAAAAUGCAGAGAAGACAAAAAAAAAAAAAAAAAAUCAAUCAUAGGGUAGUUGGGCAGGCGGUUUCAUGUGGUCUAGAUGCAAAAGUUAAAAUAUUUCAACACAUGCAAAGCUCAAAUUGGAUCUGAAAAUUCUGCAUACAGUCAGAACGCCACACAGAUCCUGUACUACUCUCUAUUAGAAAUCAAAGAAUUCAGAGAUUAAUGCCACACCAGACAAGGCUGCAAAUACAUUGAUUUCAGGAGGAGGUAAUGGAAAAACACAAGGGAUUGCAGAAGUUGCAAAAACAUUGAAAAAACAACAUUUGCUGCAAUGCAUUCUGUUCUAGGCAAAUUGUGUCAAUUUAUUUGAUUACCACUCGAUUUUAAAUGACCCCCAGAAAGAUCUUACACAUUGUCAUCUUUCAAUGCUUUACGGCAUUACAUCUCAUAUUGCUUGUAUUAGAGCAGAAACAGAAUGAAAUGGAGUUGGUAGUUAGAUAUUUUGAUGUUUGUAAGCAUUUUAACC